AUGAGAACGCUCAAAGUUUUCAUUUUAGAUCGUUAUAGUUAUUACCCAAGAAUUCAAGUUCUAUCAUUGGCAAAUUCACUUCAAUCAUUAAAGGAUAUUCGAACACUCAUCUUAAAGAAUUUAGAGUUAAGAGACAUCUCUAUCUUAGGAAACUUGUUGAGUCUUGAGACUCUUUGGUUUUAUGAUUGUUCAAUCAUUAAAUUACCAAUAGAAUUUUUGAAAUUAAAGAAGUUGAGAUCAUUGGAGGUAGAAGAAUGUGAAAUUGAAGAGAAUAAUCCUUUUAAAGUGCUUGAAAAAUGCUCACAAUUAGAAGAGUUAACUUUUGUUGGUAAUGAAUGUGAUGCCAAAGAAGAAGAUGCAAUUUCUCAAAACAGAUCUCUUCUUACACUAGAUAAAUAUUGUAUAUCUUCUGAUAAUCUUUCAGAUUAUUUUGAAAAUCAUGGUUCCAUGUCAAGAUGCUUUCAAAUAGACAAACUAAGUCAUUUAGUCUCAUAUGCAACAUUUAAGAAACUUACGGAAAGAGCCGAACUUCUUAUCUUGGAAGGAGAGGGUGAACAAAGAAUAUGGAAGAAUCUUGUCCCGGAUCUUGUUGCAAUAGAUGAGGGAGGAACAUUGAAUGAUUUGAUUGUUUUUCAUUUGUGCUCAUAUCCUCACAUGGAGUGCCUUGUAAAUGCUAAGAAUCUGUCUAGAUUUUUUGAGAAAUUAGAGAUUGUAGAGUUGAAAGAUUGUGAGAGAUUGAAGAGCAUAUUUUCUAAUGGUAACUUCAACUUAUGUCGUCUCAAGUCCAUAAAAUUGGAAGACUGUCCAACGUUGACAUCAAUUUUUCAGCCAUCCACUACUCAAAGUCUUGAGGAACUAGAAGAAUUAACAAUUAAAGAUUGCAAUAAGCUGGAACACAUCAUAGAUGAUGAAGAUGGUGAUAGUAAUCAAAAGGGUUACAAUGACUUACCGUUGUUCCCAAAAUUCAAAAAUUUUCAAAUUAAAGGGUGCAACAAAUUAAGAGUAAUAUUGCCAAUCCUAUCUCCUGGAGACCUUCCAUCUCUAGAAAAGAUAUGUAUACGUGAGAGUGAGCAAUUGGAAUACAUAUUUGAUAAGUUCCAAGAGGGGGAAGAUCCUAUUCUCCCCUCACUGAAAGAGAUGGAACUUUGUGGAGUACCAAGACAAAGUAGAAUUUUUAGAGAAUAUGAGCAACUCAAGAGUUCAUCAAUGCAAAAGCUAUCAUCUCCACUUUCAAGGCAAAAGUCCAACAAGAUACAUCAAAAUCCUGCCACGUGUGCUCUCUCUUGGGCUCAUGCAUGCUAUUUUCUCAAUAAAUUGAGGCCUGCUAAUGAAGAGACCAAUCUUGCUGUUUCUAAACAUAGACCACUUGACCACACAAACCUAAUGGGAUUACUUGUAUCAAAGAAAUGGAUUGAAACUAUUGCUACCAUUGGGAGACAGCUACUCCAUGUUGGUCAUAUCAAGAAGAUGGAACUUGCAGAUUUCUCUUUAAAUUCAAAAUCAACACUGUUCACUUUAUCCAUGGCUUCAAUGAUAUUGUGCGAAGAAUUGACAAUUAGCUAA